AUGGCUCCUAUUCUUCCAACCAUCACGCUUGACCAAACCCUCUUCGACCUCUACUCCCUCGAUGGAGGCAACGGUCAUGAAGUCGGCUUCGUCAUGGCAGUCCCUCCUCCGGGACCCCAAGUUGCACCAUCAUUCCCGAAGCCAGUCAAGUACGCCUACCAGUCCCCGCGGUAUCCGAAGCUCGAUAACGACAUCUACGCUCGCAUCUGUCUCGGGUCCGCCGCUCAGUACCAUGCCUUUCAGACGGGACCUAUUCCUCUGUAUCUGUUUGACGUAGAGCCUCCAAAGAGCGGCUUCUUUGCCAAGCUAACCGCGGUACCCGGCCAUCGCGAGGAUGCCGAGCGUGUCUACUCUCAGUUGGACCCCGCCCAGAGGCCUGAUGUCCGGUUCAUCAGUGCCCCGUCGGACAUCAAGAGAGCAGGCGCCACUAAGCUCUUCUCGUACACACCACUGGAUCUUCUUGAGGGCCGCACGCUUACUGUUGAUACUGAUGUCCACUACAAGCUGCUGUCCAAGAGGACGUUGGCUUUUGCGCCUUUGACCAGCCCGCGCUCGGAUGUUAUCGACUCGCAGCUGUCACACAAAGAAUCCAAAGACCCAGUGCUGGUCGCUGCAGAGGUGGGAAAAAUGCUCGCCCCAAUUCAGCAGCGGGCCUUGCCAUUUGUUGUCAAAGUCCCCCAGGCAGUCGGUGGCCAAGGUGUCUUCGUCCUCAACAAUGAGGCGGACCGUGCCGACUGUCUCGAGGGCCUUCAGGAGGAGACCGCCAGCAUGAUUCAGAGCGUGAAUGCCGCAAACGAGCAUCUCAACCCGGCCUGCCUGAUUCUCCAGGACAUGCUUCCUGGCGUUCCCCGCGGUCUAAAUCUCUUCGUCACAAAGACUGGACGAUCCGUUUGGGUCAGCUGCACUGAGCCAAUCCUUGAUGAGCGUAACUAUUGGAGCGGAGCAUUUGUCGACUUCAACCGUCAAAAGCACUGGGAAGAGUAUUACGGUGAAACGGCGAAACAAAUUUCAAAAUAUGUUUUCGACCAGGGCUACUAUGGUCCUAUGGGGGCGGACAUCAUGCUGGAUGAGAACAACAAGCAGCAUGUCAUCGACCUGAACGUUCGAUUGACUGGUAGCUACAUCUUGGGACUCAUGCGGAACCACUUCACCUCCCGCGGAUUGAAUUGCGCUUCCCUCCUGACGCCUCUUGCUGGGAGAGGAGACCGUAAUGCAUUCGAGGAGCAAUUUUCCAAGGAGCUGGAAGAAGGUCGCCUUGUUAUCACCGGCUGGACGCAUGGUCGCGGUGGACCCGGUGGAAUUUUCAGAUACAGCCUCGGUUCUUUGGUGGUGGGAGGUGAGGAUCAGGCUUCCAUGCUGGCCAUGAUGGAUACUGUGAACGCUAUUCGCAUUCCGAUUGGAGCCACGAACGUGAAGCACUUUAUCCACGAUACUGACUUCCAUCAUCCAACUAUCAAUGAUAGCUCCAAGAAUACUCUGCCAGGAAUGGAUGACAGAUUUCUCAUGCAUGUCAUCAAGGCGAGCUCAACAUCAGGUCCUUCAACGCAGGUUCCAGAUUUGUGCAUAGGCUCAGAUUACCUAACGGAGCACGUCUCCAUCACGCCCCUCUCAACAGGUCAAGACGCACCCGAUAAGCCCGUCAUGCAACUGCUCUCAGCAUACCUCCCCGUCGCGCUCGGGUGCCUCGCGAUACUGGUCUUGGCAAGCAAGGUGCAGAAUUACCUCGAAGCCAAAGCCUUUGCGAAGAAGAACGGCACGCAGCCGGCGAGGAAGCUGCCUCAGUGGGAGCAAUGGGUCGGGAUCCAGAACGUGCUCGAGAUGCUGCGGGCGGCAAGAAACCACGGCAUCCUCGAGCUGGGCCUGCGCCGGUACACGGCCAUGGGCAAGACGUUCGAGACCAAGGCCCUGGGGAGAUCUUUUACGCAUACGAUCGACCCGGAGAAUAUCAAGACUGUGCUGUCGACCAAUUUCAAGGAUUUCGGGGUGGGCCAGAGGAUCGACACUCUCGGACCGCUGCUUGGCUCGGGGAUCUUCACGACGGAUGGGGCGGCUUGGGAGCAUUCUCGGGCACUGGUGAGACCAACUUUUGCCAAAUUACAGGUCAGCAACCUGGAUACCUACGAGGAGCAUGUCUCGCACCUGAUCAACUUGAUCCCCUCGAAUGGGGCGACGGUGGACUUGGCGCCGCUCUUCUUCCGGCUGACGAUCGACGCGGCCACGGAGGUGCUCUUUGGACGCAGCCUCAACACGCUGCAGAAGUCGCCCGACUCGGAGGAGCACAUGUUUAUGAGGGCCUUCGACACGGCCCAGUCCAAGGCGAACUUCCGGCCCCGGAACUGGUUCGUGGCCAACUACAUCUUCCGGGAUGCGGAAUGGGAUGCGGCCCUUGUGACUGUGCACAGCUUUGUCGACAAGUACAUCUCGAAUGCCUUACGGAAGAGAUGCGCCAGUUCACCCGGGAGCACGGCGUCUACCAGCCCGGACAGUAAGAUUGGCGAGGGUGCCGAGGACGACUCUUGCAUUGUGGGGCCUGAUGGCAAGAAGAGGUAUGUGUUCCUGUACGAGAUGGCCAAGGAGACCUCGGACCCGAUCGAGUUGCGACACGAGCUGCUAAAUGUGCUCCUGGCCGGCCGUGAUACCACUGCGUCUCUGCUGUCAAACACUUUCUUCGUCCUCGCCCGUCGUCCCGAUAUAUGGGCCAAACUCAAAGAGGAGGUAGAUGCCCUAGGUGGUGAAUUUCCCGACUAUGACACCCUUCGCGGCAUGAAGUAUGUCAAGUAUCUAUUGAACGAAUCCCUCCGUCUUUAUCCUGUUGUUCCUCUCAACUCCCGCAUCGCAAGCCGCAACACCGUCAUCCCCCACGGUGGCGGGCCCGACGGUCAAGCCCCCGUGACCAUCGGCAAGGGCGAAGGUGUCUCGUACUCUGUCUACGCAAUGCACAGGAGGAAGUCUGUCUUCGGAGACGACGCACACGAGUUCGAGCCCGAGCGCUGGGCACGCUCCGACAUGAGACCCGGAUGGUCAUACCUCCCGUUCAACGGAGGCCCGAGGAUCUGCCCUGGCCAGCAGUUUGCCCUGACCGAGGCUAGCUACGUGGUUGUCAGGCUAGCGCAGACGUUUGAUCGGAUUGAGUCGCGGGAUCCGAACCCGUGGACCGAGGGCUUGGGGCUGACGACUGUCAAUUUGAACGGGGCAAAGGUUGCGCUGGUCAAGGACGCAUAG